UAUUGGCAGCUUCACAAAUAGGAGGAGUGGCUCCUGCCUUGCCGCCUUGCUGAGAAAUAAACAUGUUAGGUCAUAAGUUAAAGCUGCUAAAGAUAUUUUUUCGUACAUAUAGCCGGAAACUUGCAGGCAACUUCUACGUAACUACACCAAUCUUUUAUGUGAAUGGCGCACCUCAAAUUGGGCACCUAUAUACGGCAGUUAUAGCAGAUGCUAUAGCACUACAAUAUAACACAUUACUACGUCCAUACCACUUCACGCUCAGCAAUUAUUGUUAA